GCGCGGCUGUGGGGAUGGAGGAGGGCCGGCGGCGAGAGCAGAGCUGGGCUUGUGGCUCUGGGGAUCCUCGGCUCUGCCUUCGCGCUGAGGUGUGCUGACCAUGCUGCCCACGACGCCGCCAGCGCUGCCGCUGAUCCCGCCCGUCUCCGAGACCCCCGUGGAGGAGGAGCUGUAGGGUUGGCAGUGCAGAUCCAUGGAGCUGGACCCCCAUGCCAGCAUGCAGGUCGGGAUGAGGGUGGUGCGUGGAGUGGACUGGAAGUGGGGCAGCCAGGACAGCGGCGAGGGCAACGUGGGCACCGUGGUGGAGAUCGGCCGGACGGGCAGCCCCACCACCCCCGACAAGACCGUGGUGGUGCAGUGGGACCAGGGCAACAGGACCAACUACCGCACGGGCUUCCAGGGGGCCUACGACCUGCUGCUCUAUGACAACGCCCAGAUAGGUGUUCGUCACCCCAACAUCAUCUGUGACUGCUGCAAGAAGCACGGGAUCCGAGGCAUGAGGUGGAAAUGCAAAAUGUGCUUUGACUACGACCUGUGCACCCAGUGCUACAUGAACAACAAGCACGACCUGUCGCACUCCUUCGAGCGCUACGAGACCGCGCACUCCCAGCCGGUCCUGGUGAGCCCUCGACAGAAUCUGACUCGCAUCACGUUAAAAGGGACUUUCCAGGGGGCUAAAGUGGUCCGUGGGCCUGACUGGGAGUGGGGGAACCAGGAUGGGGGUGAGGGUAAGACUGGCCGUGUGGUCGAUAUCCGGGGCUGGGACGUGGAGACCGGGCGCAGCGUCGCCAGCGUCACCUGGGCAGAUGGAACCACCAACGUCUACAGGGUGGGCCACAAGGGAAAGGUGGACCUCAAAUGCACUGUGGAGGCUUCUGGGGGCUUCUACUACAAGGAGCACCUCCCAAAAUUAGGGAAACCAGCUGAGCUGCAGAGGAAGGAGAGCACAGACAGACAUCCCUUCCAGCACGGGGACAAGGUCAAGUGCCUGCUGGACAUCGACAUCCUGCGGGAGAUGCAGGAGGGCCACGGGGGCUGGAAUCCCAAAAUGGCUGAGUUCAUUGGGCAGACAGGCACCGUGCACAGGAUCACGGACAGAGGGGACGUGCGGGUGCAGUUCAACAGCGAGACCCGCUGGACUUUCCACCCUGGAGCCCUCACCAAGCUCAACACCUUUUGGGUUGGUGAUGUGGUCCGGGUGAUAGAUGAUAUGGAAACAGUGAAGCGGUUCCAACCUGGUCAUGGGGAGUGGACAGAUGAGAUGGCACCUACCCUGGGGCACAUUGGGAAGGUGAUCAAGGUCUAUGGGGAUGGAGAUCUGCGGGUGUCAGUGGGGGGACAGUCCUGGACCUUCAACCCUGCCUGCCUGACAGCCUACCAGAGAGAGGAGGAGGCCAACCUGAUGACCACAGAGAGUGCCAAGGAACCCAAAAGUACUUUGGUGACUGUCCUGGAGAAGCUGCUGUCCCAGAGGACAGAGUCAGAGCAUGCAGGGUGCCUGGUCAUUUGUGCAGCCCUCAACAACGCAGCCAAAGUCCGGGAGCUCCUCCAGAAAUACCCAGACAAGGUGGAUGCCAAGAACCAGGGCAGGACUGCCCUGCAGAUUGCCUCCUACCAGGGGCACCUGGAGGUGGUGAGGACACUGCUGCAGGCUCAUGCCAGCAUCGACCUGCGGGACGACGAGGGGGACACGGCGCUGCACUACGCAGCUUUUGGAAACCAAGCUGAGGUUGCCCGUGUGCUGCUGGCCAAAGGAGCCAGUGCAGACCUGCUGAACAAUGCCAAGUGCACAGCCCUGUACAUUGCUGUCAGCCAGGGCUUCACCGAGGUGGUGAGAGCCCUCUGUGAGCUCAACUGUGAUGUCAACCUCCCAGAUUCCCAGGGAGACACCCCCCUGCAUUAUGCUAUCACUCUGGACUACAAAGUCGUGAUUGAGAUUCUCACUGAAGUUCCCAACAUAGAUUUCACUGUCCAGAACUGUCAAGGCUUCAACCUACUCCACUAUUCUGCCCUGAAAGGCAACAAGCUAGCCAUCAAGAAGAUUCUGGCCAGGGCUCGGCAGCUGGUGGACUCCAAAAAGGAAGAUGGAUUCACUGCCCUGCACCUUGCUGCUCUCAACAACCACAUGGAAGUGGCUGAAAUCCUCAUCAAAGAGGGUCGCUGUGACGUGAACGUGAAGAACAACAGGAACCAGAGCCCCCUGCACCUGGCUGUGAUCCAGGGCCACGUGGGGAUGGUGCAGCUGCUGGUGAGCCAGGGCAGUGAUGUCAAUGCUGAGGAUGAGGAUGGGGACACAGCCAUGCACAUCGCCCUGGAGCGCCAGCAGCUGAUGGCCCUGGCCAUGGAGAAACGGGAGGGGGAGAUGGGAGCAGCUCUCCUGUCCAAGCUGCAGGCUUCUGGCUUCCUGGGAAAUGUGGAGCUGAAUGUUGGGACUGCCAUUGCCUGCUACUUAGCACAAGAAGGAGCAGAUAUUAAUUAUGCAAAUCAUCGAGGAAAGUCUCCUUUGGACCUCAUUACAGAUGGAAGGAUUGUCCAGAUCGUCAAAGACUUCUCAAAAAAAUUCAGGGAACAGCAGAUUUCUUCUGAGAGCUCAACCAUCACCUGCAGCCUUCGCCGUGUGCACACCACGCCCAACACCAUGACCAACCUCAGUGUGUCCAGCGUGGCAGUGCCCACAGAGUGCCUGGUCUGCUCAGAGCUGGCCUUGCUCAUCCAUUUCUUCCCAUGCCAGCACAGUAUUGUUUGUGAAGAAUGCUCCAGGAGGAUGAAGAAGUGCAUCAAAUGUCAAGUGACAAUAACCAAAAAGCUGAAACAAGACAGCACGGAGGUGGAGUGCAGCCCCAGCACCGAGGGCACGGAGCAGAGGAAGCUGAUGGAGGAGCUGCAGAGCCGCUACCGGCAGAUGGAGGAGAGGAUCACCUGCCCCAUCUGCAUCGACGACCAGAUCAAGCUGGUGUUCCAGUGCGGGCACGGCUCGUGCCCCGACUGCAGCACGGCCCUGACCGUGUGCCCCAUCUGCCGGCAGGCCAUCCGCGAGAGGAUCCCCAUCUUCGUCUGAGGGAUCCUGAUCUUUGUUCUGGGAAUGCUUCACGCCCCGAGGGGAUCCCCAUCUUCAUCUGGCACUGCUUCAUCCCCUGAGAAGAUCCUGAUCUUUGAGGAUGCUCCACUCCCUGACAGGAUCCUGAUCUUCAUCUGAGGAUGCUUCACCUCCCUACAGGAUCCUGAUCUUCACCUGAGGAUUCUUCACUUCCCUACAGGAUCCUGAUCUUCAUCUGAGGAUGCUUCACCUCCCUACAGGAUCCUGAUCUUCACCUGAGGAUUCUUCACUUCCCUACAGGAUCCUGAUCUUCACCUGAGGAUGCUUCACCUCCCUACAGGAUCCUGAACUUCAUCCGAGGAUGCUUCGCUCCCUGAGAAGAUCCCGAUCUUUGUCUGCUCCCCCCCAGCCCCAUCCCUCCUGUGCUUCCCUUCCCUGGAGUGUUUGACUCUCUGAAAGAAGGAAGGGAGCACAGAGGGAUGUGCCAGGGGAGGAAGAGGAUGAGGAAGAGGAGGAGACCCCUCUGGGGUGUCCCAGGGCAGGGACAGCCCCUCCCUCACCUGCACUGCUCAUCCACCACCACCACUGAACAGCCCACACUUCAGAGCAGCAGAACAGACCCUGGGCUGCUCCAGAGGCAUCCAGGACUCCAUUCCCAGGAGAUCCUGGGGACCAGCUCUGCCACGUGUCAGGGACAGAGAGCUGGUGUCCCCAACAGCCCCUCUGACCCUUGGGGCUCAACAGCAGCAAACCUGGAUGCCAGGAGCUCCUAAAGACAGAGCGUGUGCCUUAGAGAAAAAGUAGUGAACACUGAUUGGAGAAAAUCUGUUACAACAAAUAUUUCUGACCUCUAAGUGACACUCUUCUUCUUCUUCCAUAUUUUUUUUUUUUUUUUUUGGCAGAGCCGUGUGUUCAGAGACUCCUGAGCUUUCUAUCCAUAAUGCCAAAGGCAGGUGUUAAAUACUCCAAUCAAAGUGUAAAGAAAAUAAAUAGUAAUAAUUAAGAUAGGAGGGGGAGGAGAAAAAAAAAAAAAAAAAAGGGAUUCCAUUUUUGUUUCUUUGUUUUGCAGCAAAACUUAAUAAUAAAAAUAUAUAUUUUCCUGAGCAUUAAAAAUGAAUGUACAAACAGUA